AUGGCGACACCGCGUUCCCCGAGCCCCCGCGGCGACGCGCUCCUGGACUCGGCGCCGCUCCUCGGCGGUGUCGGGCGGCGCCGCGGGGGCGCGCUGCGCCGGCCGUCUCUCCGGGGCGCGUCGCGGCUGCUGCGGCGGGGCGGGCGCCGAGCGAUGCGGGAGCAGUCGCUGCUGGUGCGGGAGGCCGCGGCGGAGCAGCUGGAGGAGCGCCAGGCGGAUUGGGCCUACUCCCGGCCCGUGGUGGCGCUCGACUUCCUCUGGAACCUCGCCUUCAUCCUCGUCUCCGCCGUCGUGCUCGUGCUCAGCCACGAUGAGAGCCCCUCCAUGCCGCUCCGUUUCUGGAUCGCUGGGUACGCCGCCCAGUGCGUCGUUCACAUGGUCUGCGUCGCCAUCGAGUAUCGCAUGCGAUACGGCCAGCUCGGCGGCUCGCCAAUUCCUGCCGACGAGGAGAGCGGAAGUGGUACAUCGUCCUCCUCCAGCGACGACGACGACAGAGAGCACGGCUCCCGUGGUCGAAGUGGCGACUGCCUCAGUAUAGCUAAACAUCUGGAGUCUGCUAACACAAUGUUCUCAUUCGUAUGGUGGAUAAUUGGAUUUUAUUGGGUAUCUGCUGGUGGAGAAGUUCUUACCCAUGAUGCGCCUCAACUUUACUGGCUUUGCAUCGUAUUUUUGGCAUUUGAUGUUUUCUUUGUCGUCUUCUGUGUGGCUUUGGCCUGCAUCAUUGGUAUUGCUGUUUGUUGCUGCCUUCCUUGUAUCAUAGCAAUUUUAUAUGCAGUGUCGGAUCAGGAGGGAGCGUCUGAAGAUGACAUUCGCCAAAUUCCAAAAUACAAAUUUCGGAAGAUGGAAGAGCCUGAAAAGGAGUCUGUUAGUGUGCCUGGAUCUUCUGGUGGAAUAAUGAUAGAAUGUGGCACCAAUCAACCUAUUGAAAAAGUACUUGCAGCUGAAGAUGCGUUGUAUGUUAAUUUGUGGAAUUCUAGUGCUAAUGAAUUUGUUGCUCUUGGUCUAUGCAGGAGUGCUGCAUUUGCAUCUCAGCUUAUGAUGAUGGCGCAGAGCUCCGUGAACUCCCUUGUGGCCACCAUUUUCAUUGUGUCUGCAUUGAUAAAUGGCUGCACAUCAAUGCCACAUGCCCCCUGUGCAAGUACAAUGUUCGGAAAAACACUAGCAGCAGUGGCAGCGAAGAAGUAUAAAUCUCUAUAUGAGAACAUUGAGAAUUUGUACCCAACAGUUCUGGCUUCUCGCUGGUAA